AUGGAAAAAUUGUCCAAAAUAAAUUAAUAUUCAAAUGCAAGUUACACGUUAUUUUCUACAAUCAUAAACUUUUUUUUUUUAUUUUUAUUUUAUUAAUUAACUCACCCACUCUGCACCUAUCAUAUUACAAAUCUGGAAGUAACACAAAGAGGGUGUCUCUUCUUUCAUCAUCAAACAAAACAAAUAACAAAAAAAAUGAAGUUUUGAUAUGGAAGACAGAAAAGUUCACACAAUCGCUGCUAUAUCAGUGAUAUCCUUAAUAAUAGUGAUCAUCAUUUGUCGUGUUUCCUUAAAACUCUCAAGAGCAUUCUUCUUAAUAUGCGGCGCAUCAAUCGCCGUAAUUCUCGCUGUUUUUUCAUGCAUACUCAUAAGACAACGUUACAACAAAAGAAGAAAAGUGUUAGAAUCACAGUUGAAAUCAGAAGGAAGAGAGCUUCGAAUAGAGUACAGUUUCUUAAGAAAAGUUGCAGGUAUACCAACAAAAUAUCGAUACAAAGAACUUGAAGAAGCAACGGAUAAUUUUCAAGCUAUCAUCGGUAAAGGGUCAUCAGCUUCAGUUUUCAAAGGCAUUUUGAAUGAUGGAACUUCAGUUGCUGUGAAAAGAAUUCAUGGUGAAGAAAGAGGUGAAAGAGAAUUUAGAUCAGAAGUUUCAGCUAUAGCUAGUGUUCAACAUGUUAAUCUUGUGAGACUUUUUGGUUAUUGUAAUUCUCCAACACCACCUAGGUAUCUUGUUUAUGAGUUUAUUCCAAAUGGUUCAUUGGAUUGUUGGAUUUUUCCUGUGAAGGAAACAAGGACACGUAGAUGUGGUUGUUUACCUUGGAAUUUAAGGUAUAAAGUUGCUAUUGAUGUUGCUAAAGCAUUGAGUUAUCUUCAUCAUGAUUGUAGAUCUACGGUUUUGCAUCUUGAUGUGAAGCCAGAGAAUAUACUUUUAGAUGAAAAUUAUAAAGCUUUAGUUUCUGAUUUUGGUCUUUCAAAACUUGUUGGAAAAGAUGAGAGUCAAGUUUUGACAACAAUAAGAGGAACUAGAGGCUAUUUAGCACCUGAAUGGUUAUUAGAACGUGGAAUAUCUGAGAAAACUGAUAUUUAUAGUUUUGGAAUGGUUUUGUUGGAGAUAGUAGGAGGUAGGAGAAAUGUUUCAAAAGUGGAGGAUCCUAGAGAUAACACUAAGAAAAAGUGGCAAUUUUUUCCUAAAAUUGUGAAUGAGAAAUUAAGAGAAGGGAAAUUGAUGGAAAUUGUGGAUCAAAGGGUAGUUGAUUUUGGAGGUGUUGAUGAGAAUGAGGUGAAAAGGUUGGUGUUUAUUGCUUUGUGGUGUAUACAAGAGAAGCCAAGGUUGAGGCCUAGUAUGGUUGAAGUUGUUGACAUGCUUGAAGGACGUGUGAGAGUGGAGGAGCCACCAGGGACUAGAAUGAUUCUUGUUGAUUUGUUAGCUGAUGAUGAAGAUCCUACAGAUCUUAAUAAUCUAGCAAGGUUAUUGACUCCUGUCUCUAGUAAUGUUGAGUGUACAUCUACUUACUCUUUAGGAUCCACUAUUUUUUCUGGUAGAUAGAUAACAAAUUUGGAUUCCUAAUAAUAGUUAUGAGAUUCCACAUUCAGAUGUUCAUUCUGUUUUAGAGGGUAGCUUCUUCAAUUGUAUAAAUUGGUACUUAGUUUUAUCAAUUUCAAUGAGGAAUUUAUAUAUGAACUUGAUUUUUUUUCUCUCUC